AUGUCUUCUUCAGCCAGAGCCAGCUCCCAGGAGAAAUUUGUCUGUGCCCUCUGCCUGGAUGUGUUCAGUGACCCAGCCACUAUACCAUGUGGGCACAGUUUCUGCUUGCCAUGUAUUGCCAGGUACUGGGAGCUGAGGUCUGACACAGGAAAGGCUAACUGCCCUCAAUGUCUUCGCACCUUCACUCCCAUACCCAGACUGCAGAAGAACCUCACUUUAUGUGAGAUCCUGGAAGACCUCCAGGCCAGUGCUGAGAUCUCUUCUGGCUCUCAUCCAGCUGGACCGGGGGAUGUCACCUGCGAUAUCUGCACCAAGACCAAGGUGAAAGGCGGGAAAAGUUGCUUGGACUGCCUGCUCACGUACUGCGGGCCCCACUUGCAGCCUCAUCACCAGGAGGCAGCUCUGAAGGACCAUGUCCUUGUUGACCCCAUCAAGCAUCUCCACACCCAACGAGACUGUGCAGCUCAUGGGGAGCCCUUGGACUGGUUCUGUCGGACCGAGGGGGAGAGUAUUUGCAGGUUAUGUGUUGCGGAGCAGCACAUAAUCCAUGACGUGGUGACCGUACCAGAGGAAGUGGCUCAACAACAGGAACUGAUUCUGCGUAACUCAUCAACUCUGAAACAACAGCUGCAAAAGACAUUGGCAGAGAUCAGUGACCUGCAGGUCAAUGUCGAUUCAGUCAAGAAUUCCUCACAGGAGGUGAGAAGUGAGAUCAUCCAGAAAUUCACAGUCAUGGUCAAACUCAUCGAAGAAGCCCACAAAGAAGCGAUUGCGCAGAUUAAUAACGACGAGCAAGUGACACUGGGCCAAGCCAAGAGUGUGAGGACCCAGCUGCAGCAGAGGCGUACUGAGCUCACUGCUGGUGAAGACCAACUGAGAAAACUGCUGAAGAUCAAUGACAACCUGAUAUUUCUGCAGGAAUCCCGUUGUGUACAAACAGGAGCCCAGCCUUUGGAGAUCCCACAAUUCAAACAACAAACAGAUGCCCAGUCCACAAUGGCUUGUGUCAAAGUCUCUGUCAAUGAUCUUGGCACAUCGAUUAAACAGCAAGUGAUCUCAUUUUGCAAGCAAAUCCAAGACAAGCAAAAUAUUGGAAGAACCUGUUCCAGGACCAAGCAUAUCAGGCCGGUUAAACUAAAGAAAACCAUGAUCAAGAAUGAUUUGCAAUGUUCCGCUCCAAGCAUCGUGGAAGCCCCCCAGUCAGGGCACAGAAUGGAAUUGUUAAGCUGCCCGGACCUGGGUGUCCUGGUUGUGAUGGAUCUGGAGCUAAGGUCUCCUAUUUGUGGCCCGGACCUGAGUCUCUUGGUUGUGGUGGGCCCGGACCUGGGUCUCUUGGUUGUGGUGGUCAGGAGCCGGAUUCGCUUGGUUGUGGUAGGCCCGAACCUGGGUGUCCUAGUCCUGCUGAAAGGAGGAAGCUUGCCCAGGGCCAGGGCCAUAGGCCUGCCCUCUGAAGCAGCGGGCUUGCUUACUCACCAGACCCUGGGUGAGGGGCGGGCCAAAUCUCGCGAAGUCCUGGGAAGGCAGAUCCACAAAAACAUCAAGGAGAAGCUGGCUCCUGCAUCUGCUACACUGUAA